AUGCCGUACAUCGAGCAGAACAUUCUUUCUCUUCCGCUGAACUAUGGAAGACUGGAGCAAGACCAUGUCAUCUACAACACAAAGCUGGACCAAAAUAGCCUCAAAGAUAAACAACUCAAGUGUGAUCAAUCCUGGGUGGGGUCUCUUUCCAUGGGCAUGAUCUUCUUCUGCUCUCCGAUUGUGAGCGUGUUCAACGACCUGUUGGGCUGCCGGGUCUUGGCUGUGGGUGGCGCCUCAGUUGGAUUUGUAGGACUCCUUGCCAGCUCCUUUGUCACGUCGCUGGACUUCCUGUACUUCACUUAUGGGAUAGUGUUCGCAUGUGGCUGCUCAUUCGCCUACCAGCCAAGUCUGGUGAUCCUGGGGCACUACUUCAAGAAGCGCCUGGGCCUGGUGAAUGGCAUAGUGACGGCAGGCAGCAGUGUUUUCACCAUGGUCUUGCCUUUUAUUCUUUCUUGGCUGCUGGAGAAAGUUGGCCGUCAGAACACCAUGCGAAUCCUCUGCAUCCUCAUGUUUGUGCUCAUCUUAGCUGGUUUUACCUACAAACCCCUGAUACCUGCCAAAACCAGGAAGCGCACUGGCAGCCGCUGUCCAGGUUUGGGACAGUUCUUCAAUGUCAACAUCUGGAAGUCCCUUGGUUAUCGGAUCUGGGCCUUCGGGGUGCCUGCCGCACUCUAUGGAUACUUUGUGCCUUAUGUUCAUCUGAUGAAGCAUGUCGAAGAGCGUUUUGGCCAAGAUGCCAACAAAGAGGUGCUGCUCCUGUGUCUAGGCAUCUCGUCUGGACUGGGCCGGCUUAUUUUUGGUGUAGUGGCUGACUAUGUGCACGGGGUCAACAAGGUUUACCUGCAAGUCUCCUCUUUCCUGGUCAUUGGGCUCAUGUCUAUGAUGAUCCCUCUGUGUAAUAUCUUUGGGGGACUCAUUGCUGUCUGUCUGCUCAUGGGGCUCUUCGACGGUUGCUUCAUCUGCAUCAUGGCCCCCAUAGCCUUCGAGCUGGUGGGAUCAGAGAAUGUGUCCCAGGCCAUUGGCUUCCUACUGGGCCUCAUGUCAGUGCCCAUGACCGUGGGACCCCCCAUAGCAGGCUUUUUGAGGGACCGACUUAACAGCUACGACUUGGCCUUCUACCUUGCUGGCAUCCCUCCAAUGGUAGGUGGGGCUGUGUUGUGCCUCAUCCCAUGGGUGGAGGCUCGCCGGAAGCGACAGAAGGCUCAGGCCCAGGAGAGAGAUGUCUCCCAGAAGAUGCUGGACUCAGAAAAGGCUCAGGGAGAUGAUGACCCCCGAACAGGAGAGUCUGUCCUGUAGACAGACUAUAGCUGGGAACACCUAAGUGCUUUAUGAGAACAUGAUUUCAAUCACAAAGAAGGAGUCUCAAACUGACUGAAGUUGAUUUUAGUUUUGACAUGGAGAAUUGUACAUUUAAAUUGUGUCCAGUGGGAAGCAGCUCAGCGGCCAAUGUUUCAUCCAGCACCUAUUCUAUACAAAAUACUAUUGUUGUUUAUUAUAUAAUUGUAUAAUUAAUGAACUAAUUGCAUACUAUGUCAACUUAAUUUAUAGGUAAGUUAAAAUGUUUACUAACUUUUCACUAAGCCCUCAUCUUUCAACACUAUUACAUCAAGUAGGCUACAGCAAUAUUGUAGCAAACAAAGUGCAAAGUUGCACUGAGCUUAAGACUUGACUCAGACUUGUCCAAAGUGACUUGGACUCAAGAUAUUGUGACUUGACUACCACAUUGGUAUUAAUCAAUUGUAUUAAUACAUUUUUACAGGUUUUUAAUGCAUUGAGAUCCACUAAACCUUGGUGAGCCAUUAUUCUCUGAGGGUGGAGACUUUUCAGGGCUGGCUUACUUUAAUAAUUUCUUUAGUAUCAAAUCUCACUUUAUACUGUUCCUUCCCUUGAUCAUAUGAUGAGUUAACUGAAUAGAUGUCAAAACACCCUUAGUAUAAUUUUAUUUUUGGCAGUUCCAUUGGUGGGCAAAUGGAAAUAUAGACUACUUUACUCCCUUAUUCACAGUUAUUCACUGCUCAUUGAAAUAAAUUGGUUAGGUUUGUUUAAUAUUAAAAAGCAAACUACACUGUCAGAGUACUGUGUAGCCUAUGUGAGCACAUACUAUUCAGUCAUUUUAAAAAUCUUAAUUUGAGAUUGACCGUAACAGUAUUUCUACACAAAUUUGUGUGUAUAUUGUUUGUGUAAUGUAAUGUAGGAUGCCUUUGGAGCAUUUUUAUGACAGAAUGAUUGGAAAUCACAUGCUUGUAAACUCAUGACACAUUACCUGUAUUGGGCAGUUUUAGAUAAUUUACAGUGUUAAAGCCUUCUGCCCUUUAAUCAAACAAUAUAAGACUUAUCUGUACAUUUUAUUUCUCUGUGCCCCUGUGAAAUCCGGAGUGCUGCAGACUGCGAGUAGGUCUGAUAUCUGUCUCCAUCUACUGGCCUGGGAAACUCUUGUUUUACACAGUUUGCCUUAAUGCCCUAUUACCCUUAACUUUUCUCUGCUUUAAUAUUGGAGUUUACUUGACUAUGCUGUAACCAAAGUGCCUGACAUAUCUUCUUAUUCCAGAAUGCUGGAAGGCCGGAGUCCUCUUAUUGCAUUGUGUAUGAUGUUAAUGUUUUAUUGUCAUGGGUUUUCUAGAGAGGCUUACUUUUUAUAUACCUGUCUUUUCUGAACACAUGUUUCAAUUCAUAUUUUCAUAUUUUGAGCCCAGUAAAAUGAUUUGCAUAA